GAAAGCUUGGGUCUCUGAGGCCCGAGGGUCCCUGGAUUCAAGUUCUGAUCUUGACCCCUGCCGCCCAGGCUCCCGUUGGGCGGUUUAGAGUCAGCUGGGAUUCCAUAGAUCCACGCCGGAGGACGGCCUUUCCCGGGCGGGCGUUGCUGGAAAGUGCUAACUGUCCCUACUGGAUGUGUAUCCUGGAAGAACAUGUACCCUCGAGCAGGCUUAAACCUGGGACCCGCCAGCACUCCGUCCUGAGUGUCAGGAAGUAGCAGAGAUAGAUAUCAUCGAGCUCGACCCCCCAGAAGACACCAGAAAAUUCUGGUCCCCAGGGGACAACCCCUUGUGGAUCCGUCCGUUUCCCGCUGGAGAAAACCUAGCAGCUGUCCCCCUGAAUCCCUGCGGCCUGGAGAGAAGAUGGCGGCUGGGCCGAAUAGGCUCGAGGAAUGGGUGGGCAGCGCAUACCUGUUUAUGGAGUCCUCGCUGGACAAGGUGGUCCUAUCGGAUGCCUAUGGUCACCCCCAGCAGAAGGUGGCAGUGUACAGGGCUCUGCGGACUGUAUUGGCAGAGAGCGGGAGCCCAGAGGUGUUGCAGAUGCUCAAGAUCCACCGCAGCGAUCAGCAGCUGAUCGUGCAGCUGCGUUUCUGCGGACGCCAGACCUGCGCCCGCUUCCUCCGGGCCUACCGCGAGGGGGCGCUGCGCACCGCCCUGGAGGGCUGCUUGGCGGCCUCGCUGACCCUGUGCUCCGUGCCUUUGCAACUGGAGCUGCGCGCCGGCGCAGAGCUGCUGGACGCCUUGCUGACGGAUGAGGAGCGUUGUUUGAGUUGCAUCUUUGCCCAGAAGCCUGACAGGCUCCGGGACGAGGAACUUGCUGAGUUGGAGGAUGCGCUCCGGAAUCUGACAUGCGGCUCUGGAGGCCAAGGUGGCAAAGCGGAGGUAGCUCCAGUCCCCUCGCAGUCCCUGGCUUCCUCUCCGUCGGAGGAGAAGCCGCCACCGCCGCCCUCUGGCCAGACUUUUCUGUUCCAGGGUCAGCCCAUAGUGAACCGACCACUAAGCCUGCAGGACCAACAGACUUUUGCACGAUCAGUGGGCCUCAAAUGGCGCAAGGUUGGGCGCUCCCUGCAGCGAGGCUGUCGAGCGCUACGGGACCCUGUCCUCGACUCCCUGGCCUAUGAAUACGAGCGCGAGGGGCUGUACGAGCAGGCCUUCCAGCUGCUAAGGCGUUUCAUUCAGGCUGAGGGCCGCCGAGCCACACUGCAGCGCCUGGUGGAGGCACUCGAGGAGAACGAGCUCACCAGCCUGGCAGAGGACUUGCUGGGCCUGGCGAAUCCUGAUGGCAGCCUGGCCUAGCCUGGGUACCAGACAAAAGGGCGGUCAGCCAGUUGCCCAGCAGAGUUUGGAGCACCUGGAUGACCCUACGGUCCCUUCUGCUGCUAUUGCUGACCUGUCCAUCCACAGGACUUACAACUUCACUUAGUCCAGCUGCUGGGCAGAGUUGACUGCCUUCUCAAGGAGUAAGAUGAGCAUCCACCAUGCCUGCUGAAGUGCCACUGGGGAUUCUGUUCCAGAAACUACCAUAGAGACAGGAUGUGGGGGUGAUCUGCUGCAGAGGCUGGCCUCACCUCACCCACCCCAGAAGAGGGGCUCCCAGCCAGUCCUUACCUCUUCUCUCACUAAACACUCAUUAGGGACCUGCUGUGUUUUAGGCAUCAUCCUGGGUACUGCAAAUACUGUGGUGAAGAAGAGAGAUGAAUCUUGCCUGCCCCCAGUUCAUACUCAGUGUGGGACUCCAAAUAUUAAGC